GCUAGUGCUUGUUUGUGUUUCCUCUUCUUACAGCUAUCUCAAGUCACAUAAAUAAGUUGGUCAGUGUAAAGGCACAGCGGUUAUCACCCUUUACUGAAAUGGCUCCGGUCUUCCUCUGGAUAUGUAUUUCUAUGCUAACCUUCCUUGCACUUUCAGAUUCCACUUCUGUCUCAGGAUCAGUGGGUGAUACUGUGCACUUAUCCUGCACAUAUUCAGUACAACAAGGCACCACCAAUAUGUGCUGGGGACGAGGCAGCUGCCCAUUCAGUUACUGUAACCAAGUAAUUGUUGAGACUGAUGGUAGCAAAGUGACCCAGAGAAAAUCUGAUAGAUACCAGCUAAAGGGAGACAUAGCAAAGGGGAAUGUGUCCCUGACAAUUAUCAAUGUGACCAGACAUGAUACCGGAACAUACUGCUGCCGUGCUGAGAUCUGGGGCCUAUUCAAUGAUGAGAAGGUGGAGAUAGAGGUGCAGAUACAUGAUAGGGAAGUUAAUUCUGGAUCCAGCACCACUGCCGUUUCUCGCCAUACUCAUGGGAAAGAUAUUUAUGAAUCCAGAACGACUUCUCUUGCUCACCAAACUCAUGCUGCUGGGACAACAGAUACACGUGUCUUCAAUGAGCCAACGGACCCCUUAAUUCCUUAUUCUGGAGAAGAUGACCAGGAUGAAGACUUCGGACCCUCUUCUGGACGGAUUGGUGAUACUCGGCGUGGUGAAGACAAGGAAUUUACUCAUCUACAGGGUGACAUUCCCGAGGACAGUUCAGCAGUGCCUUAUAUUAGUAUAGCACUGGUGCUUCUAUUGAUUUCAUUGGCUAUUGUGACAGUAUACAUAUAUAAAUACCGUAAAAGGAAAAAGGAAACACCUAGAAGCUCAGUACCUAUGGGAGUAAGAGGUACCCUAGAAGAUUCAGCAAACCACACGGAGGACAAUAUCUAUAUCAUAGAAAAUAUUUAGUCAUCAUUCAGUCAUUGUGAAAGUGCUCAGUGCCCACACAUAAUAAAUCCAGUUCCUAGAACGUGCGUCAGAUGCCUAUUCAGUGUACAGCUAAUGUUAAGAAGAACUUUUUUCCCUAUAGUUCAAAUUGUGUAUAUCAUAGAGCUAUAUGCUCAUUUUUAUUUGUCCUUUUUACUGUAAUAAUGGAUUGUUCCAUUACACUAACAGAGUGAUUAGAGACAGGUUUGUGAAAUUUUGACUCAUUAGAUUUUAAUCUCUUCAGCAUGUUUAACAGAGGCUGCAUAUAGGUAAUUAAAAUGUAUUUUCUUGCAAUCAAUAAAUAUGCAGAGUAGAAUGACCAAACAGUUACAGACUGCACGCAGCUGAAGGACUUGGUUCUACAACCAGUGAUUCUUCACUUGAUAAUCUGACGUUCUGGCUUUUUUAUAUAGUAUAGAAUAUAUUUAUUCCACAAAAUAUAUGCACCUUUAAGCUUAAUUGAGGGGGUUCAGAUAUUCAGGUAUUAACACAAGCUUAAAGCUUUCAUUAGAACUACUGGAGACAGAAGCCACUGUAAAAAAAGAUUUUUUUCAAGCACAGAAAAUUAUAAAUGAAUGAUAAAUGUACAUGUAAGUAUAUAGGAUGGGCAGGGGAUGUCUGGUAGUUAAUUUGACAAUCCAGUAAACAAUAUGUUAACAAAAUACCCUGAGAAUUCAGUGUACUUUGAUGGGGCCGGUAACUAGGUUACAAGGAAGUCAAAGCCUCAGUUUGGUUGAGUCUCCGCUUCACAGUGAGUAGUUGCACUCUGAUGGUCACAGUUUACUUUUUGUUUCCUAGCAGCCAUUUAGUGCUGCAUUCUGGGUCAGUGUUCUCAUGGCUACUCCUCUUCCUGAAGAAGUGCCGAUGACAUGGCAUGAAAUGCGUAGGCUUGGACCCUUAUCUGUGAGACCGACAGUGACUGCAGAAUGUGUACUGUUUGUUUUUAAAACUUUUGCUUAAUAAAAGCUAUUUUACCUUU